UAAUGCCUCAGUAACGAGCUGCACGGUGCAGCUGGACCGAGUGGCAACUUCGGAGCAAACUUUUCACUUGUACAGCGAGCAAAACGCGGUGUUUGUGUGUGAAUGCGGUGGAGCAGCAGUCAGUCGAUGGGUUUGGGUGAGGACGGCGGUGUGCGGCUGUGUUUCGGAGCGGAGAGGAAGUGCUGUUUAGUAUUUCUCUCAUGCAGGGCAGCUGUUGUUGGAGAGAGAGCGAGAGAGAGAGAGGGAGGGGUGUGAAUGAGGCAUGACCGUUUUACAAGAUCACCAUGCAGGCCUGAGAAAUAUUGCACUGAUGCCCAUAGUCUGUGGAAACCAAAGAACAAGGACAUAGUCUCAGUAGAGUGGAGCUAGGUGCCACAACCCCAUCCUCAAAAAUGCUCCAGACUUAAGAUGCUCAGUUGGUGAGGCGUCACCAUGACGAGCCUGAAACGCUCACCCUCUGAGCGGCCUGCUGCAGGGACAGUUCAAGCCCCUGAAGAAUUUUACACUCGUCCGUUACGCCAGACCAAUGGAGGGGUAUCCCUUCUGCGUCCAGAAAACUCUUACCAGACAGGGGGCAUGAUUGGAGUGCCGAAGAUGGGAGUCCGAGCUCGGGUUGCUGACUGGCCACCUCGGAGAGAUGGGGGAACUUUGCGACUACCCAAUCCAAAUGCUGAUACGAUGACUCCCACAGGAGCUAACUCGGGUAGUCAGCCCAAACUUGGUGCUCUGAUUUGUCCUCAAGAUUCUUUCAUGCUGCAAAGCAUCCAAAAGACCCUCCAGAGCAAGAUAAAUUCAGCCAGUUGUGGAAGCUCCAUGGAAGAGCAGUUGCUCAAAGUUGACGACCAUAGAAGGUCCUCUCGUGGUAACACUAAACGCAUCCGGCAACGUAGUAAUAGUGACAUGACCCUAAGUGAAGUUGACGGUAGCGGGGAUAGUGGGGAAGAUUGGGGCACUGCAGGGACUAAGUGGUCUCCAUUGCACCGGGAGUAUGGCAGCACUUCCUCCAUUGACCAGCAUGCAGUUUCCUCCUCUGAAGUCUCAAGGAACAGCUUCUUUGAGAUGCUAAAGGGCUAUGACAGGGAUAAGCAAGACCAACGCAGCCCAGCACCUGAAAGACUGGCAGAACUUCUAACUGUCUCUACCAAAGAGCAGGAUCUGCUGGACUCUGCUGUAGAGGACUUGAAAAAUGAGUCUCCUAUUCAGCUGAGAGAAAGAGACAAACCUCCAAAGAGAAGGUCCAAAUCGGAGACGGGGGGUGAAUCAAUAUUCAGGAAACUUCGCAGUGCGAGGACGGAUGUGGAUUCUCCCAGGGUGGGUUCUGAUAUGGAGGACAACCGUCUUGAAGAUUCCAAACCUCCCUUAAAACCCUGGGUCUGCCAGAAAGGCUUUGCACAUUAUGAUGUUCAGAGCAUGUUGUUUAACAUGAAUGAGGUGAUCCAGAGCAGACAGAACUCUGCAGCCAAAUGCAAAAACACUACUUCUGGUGCCUCUGCUGCUUCUGCUUUUUCUGGUUCAGCAACAUCCACCUUAUCUUCAACGCACAGCCUGCCAUACAGCUCUCCUGGUGGCAGCCAGGAGGAACUUAACACACGGGAUAGUCCCACUUUGGACGUAGCUGAUGAUGAGGGCAGUGGACUUGUACUGAAAUGUCCUUGUUUCUGUACUGAAACUGGAGGUGACUUUAGAUAUAAGGUAGGGGUUGCUGUAGCAGGUGAGCUGGGAACUGGGAGUUCCAGGGCUUUUGGACGAGAUGAAACUACACUAAGCCACCAUUGUACCAACGGAGGCAUUGCUGUUGUAGAGGGACACACAGAUGCAUCCAGCUUACUUGGUGAUCGAGACAAGCAGUACAUCAUUGAGCAUGUGGACCUUGGAGCGUAUUACUACAGGAAGUUCUUUUACCUGAGAGAGCAUUGGAACUACUUUGGUAUGGACGAGGUGUUGGGCCCAGUGGCAGUGAGCAUCAGGAGAGAGAAGUUGGAAGACCACAAGGACCAUGGCCAGCAGUACAACUACCGAAUAAUAUUCAGAACCAGUGAGCUGACCACCUUGCGUGGCUCUAUACUUGAAGAUUCAGUGCCUUCCACUGCUAAACAUGGCACUGCUCGAGGGUUACCCCUUAAAGAAGUGCUGGAAUACCUGCUCCCAGAGUUGGACAUCUCAUGUCUGCGGCUUGCCCUCAACACACCAAAAGUCACAGAGCAGCUGAUGAAAUUGGAUGAGCAGGGGCUUAGUUUCCAGGUGAAGGUGGGGGUAAUGUACUGUCGUGCAGGCCAGAGCACAGAAGAGGAGAUGUAUAACAACGAAAUGGCUGGUCCUGCCUUUGAAGAAUUCCUGCAGCUCCUGGGAGAGAAAGUGCGAUUGAAAGGGUUUGGCAAGUAUCGGGCUCAGCUGGACACAAAGACGGAUUCCACUGGGACGCACUCUCUAUACACUGCAUACAAGGACUACGAGAUCAUGUUUCACGUGACAACCAUGCUGCCAUACACGCCAAACAACAAACAGCAGUUGCUGAGGAAAAGGCACAUUGGGAAUGAUAUCGUCACCAUCGUUUUCCAGGAGCCAGGAGCUCAUCCUUUCACCCCCAAAAACAUCCGCUCACAUUUCCAGCAUGUCUUCAUCAUCGUCCGUGUUCACAACCCUUGCUCCGACAGCACCUGCUACAGUGUGGCUGUCAGUCGCUCAAGUGAUGUGCCCUCGUUUGGACCUCCAAUCCCCAAAGAAGUGACUUUACCCAAGUCCACUGUGUUCAGAGAGUUCCUUCUGACAAAAGUUGUCAACGCUGAGAACGCCGCUCACAAAUCGUCCAAGUUUGGUGCCAUGGCCACACGCACACGUCAGGAGUAUCUGCGUGACCUGGCUGAGCGGCAUGUCACCAGUACACCGGUGGAAUCAUCUGGAAAAUUUCCUUUCAUCUCUCUGGCACAUAAGAGAAAGGAGAAAAUCCGCCCUUACGCGGGGGCAGAGCUGCGCAGCCUGGGCGCCAUCACAUGGGCAGUGCAUUUAGAGGACCUGGCAAUGGGUGCGGAGCGUGAAGGACUGCUGGCCAUCUCCAACGAGUUUAUCAUCAUCCUGGACCAGGAAAUCAAAGCCUUGGCAUUCAACUGCUCCACAAGAGAUGUGAUUGGCUGGUCGCUAGGAAGCCCCGCCUCCAUGAAGAUCUUCUAUGAGCGUGGAGAGAGUGUUUCGCUGCGAUCCAUCAAUAACAACACGGAGGACUUUGGCGAGGUCGUCAGACGUUUGGAGCUAGUGACUAAGGGCAGUCAGACGAAGGAGAUGACUCUGAGGAGGAACGCUCUGGGCCAGCUCGGGUUCCAUGUGAAUUUUGAGGGCGUUGUAGCCGACGUCGAGCCCUACGGCUACGCGUGGCAGGCAGGGUUGAGGCAGGGCAGCCGAUUGGUGGAGAUCUGCAAGGUGGCCGUGGCAACGCUGUCGCACGAGCAAAUCAUCGACCUGCUGCGCACCUCCGUGACGGUCCGAGUGGUGAUCAUCCCUCCACAUGAGGACUCCACUCCCCGCAGAGGUUGCUCGGAGAUAUACCACAUGCCACUAGUGGACUACAAAAACCACAAGGAGGGCAUGCCUUAUGAGUACAAGUUCCCCUUUCGCAAUAGCAAUGAGAAGUGGCCUCGACCCACCGCUCCUCCACAGACUGUGGUCUGCACUUCUCAGACUCGAAAUGUCAACCAAGGCCAAGGGGUAACACUAAGCAAGACGCAGAAUUCGGACUACGCAAGACGUGGUUCGCUCCUCCCUCGCAGUGUGUCCAGCGAAGGCCGACCACUGAACGCUAAAAGGUAUUCUCCAGGCUCCGAUAACUACGCCCUGGCUUGCUCCAUUGUGAUGGGGCGCUCUCCCCACACGCGCAACUCCCCCAGCAAUCAGUCAUUCUCAAGUGACUCCAGCUCCACCCACUGGCGUCAGAAGUCCAAUCCAGAUGGGUUUAAUGCAAAUCGCAGCUCACCAUUAACUGCUGAUCGUCAUAUUGUGAAAGAGUGUGUGUGGGUUGCACCCAGCUGGGUCAGAGUGGUGGAGGGAGAAGGAGCCAGUAGGACACCAUCAGACCUGACAAAAGUAAAGCCAGUCCUGAUGAGUAUUGAUCAACACCACAAAGAUCUUACCACAUCACUCUAUCCCAACGCAAACCCUAAGAGCGACGCUACGUCCAUCAGCCAAACCAGCAGCACCACGCUGUCCAGUCAGGCCUCCAGCUCCACCCAUAGUGAUGAGAAGUGGUUAGAUUAUGGUGCGAAGCUGGACUCUGAGCUGAAUGGCUUUAUAACCGCUUGUCCCCAGGGAACUUCUGCUAAUGGCGCUGUUGAAGCUGCGCACAGGAACUUUGACUCUGGUCCAGUUAGCAUCAGCUCUAAGCCUAAAGAAAAGGCCUCCGCUCACUGGGGGGAGGUUACCUCCACCUGUCCGGCUCCGCAGGUCUCCCCUGCACCUUCAGAGGCGACUCUUCACACAGAUCUCGCUGACAGUCGGGCCAAAAGCCCUCUGCCUCCAGACACCAGUUCUCAUAUUAUCAGUGAUACAGCCUCUUAUUCCAGCACUCUGAGUUCAGUGCACUCGGGCAGCCCACCGAACUCCGCUCAGGAGGAGUCAGCCCCUUCCACUUCCUCUCCCACACAUCCAUCCCUCUCUCCUGGAGCAAAGAGCUUCUACCCCCGCCAGGGAGCCACCAGCAAGUACCUGAUUGGCUGGAAGAAACCAGGGGGCACCAUCAACUCGGUGGAUUUUGGUAGCAGUCGCAAGCGGCAUCAGAGCGAUGGGUAUAUAAGUGGGCAGCCUCAGCUACGGGCCACUAUGAAGGUGAGCCAGUCCCCUCAGCCCACUCCCAGAUCCACUGUAGAGGAGGAUCUAAAGAAACUCAUCACUCUGGACAGCCCUCCUCCUAGCUGUAGCAAAACUAAGCCCUUCUCACUGUCCACACAGAGUCCCCGCUCCUUACAGCGGACCUUCUCUGAUGAGAGCAUCUUUAGUGGGCAGAGGGUGUUCACGGCAGCCCGUCAGAGCGCCAGCCUGUUCGGUCACUCCACCAUGCCGCGCUCACCCAGUGCCCGCAGUGCCUCACUGCACCAACCGUCCUAUACGCAGGGUGCCAAAUCUCUGGGUGACCUCACUUUUACAGAGAGCAGUGUUUUUGAUGCUGCACCAUGCAGGAAGCCCCAGCAGGACCCCGGCCUCAUCCCCCUUCCUGAUGCCAGCGCAGACAGCGGGCUCGACUGGUCUGACCUUGUGGAUGCAGCCAAAGCGUUUGAAGUUCAAAGAGCAACAUUCUUUGCAGUGAAAGAUGCCACUUCUAGGUCAGACGCACACACCCCGGGUUCACAGAAGACGGAACUGCAGACCUCCCUACAGCAGCAUGUCUCAUCCAGUGAGAGUUCUGCCAGUCUGAUCGGGAAGGUCAGCCAGCUGGAGUCGAUGGUGAAGCUGCUGCAGGAGGAUCUGAAAAAGGAGAAGGAUGCGAAGGCCUCGUUACAGGCCCAGAUUCAGAGUCUGAGGGCAGACAAUCAGCGGCUACUGGAGGAAUCUCAAAACGCCUCGGCCAAACUGAAGAAAUUCACAGAGUGGGUUUUCAACACCAUCGACAUGAACUGACUGACCUUCCAGUGCCAUAUUGCCCCACCCAAAAUGCAAUAUGAUUCAUCACAGUGACUCUUUAGUCAUGAUGAGAACCCUGCAUGUGUUUCUAUUGUCUGGAAAUCUGGGUGGGUGGGUGUGCAUGCCCCCCCCCUUUGAGUGCCAGACCUGACUGAACUAUUUCAAUUGUUGACAUCAGGAGAGAACUACUGUAGUGUAGAACACUUUUUUUUUUUUUUUUUUGGGGGGGGUCAUUAAUUUGUUUUAUUGCUCACUUCCUCACUGUUCUUUGGCUCUCUAUAAUGCAAUGAAACACUGCAUAUAAACCGUUAAUUCACGUAUUCGAUAAAAGAGGAAAAAAUUGCAAAGCAAGCUAUGACCAGGUCCGCUAUGCUGUGCAGUUCACGCCUGUGAGAAUCGAUAUUUACGUCAAGAGACGGGUGGAUUUACCCCAUAGCAGUAGAUGUUUGGGGACCGAAAGUGUUGCUUAUUAAAGACACUAUAGAAGCCAUUCCUAUACAGUUACAGUGGACUAUACUUUGGGCAAUUACCAAAAUUUUAAACUAGAUAUAUAUUCACAUAAUGAUUGGCUAUGUAGGUGGCCAUUGGCUGGUUUACUGACACUUGUUUGAUUACUGAUGGCUGUGAGAAGGGGUACUGUCCUGCUUUUGAUGUUCCACUGAUGUACAUGAUGUUCAGAUUGAUGUAUUAAUGUGCAAAGGACUACAGUCGCCUCAGUUAUUUUCUGGCUAAGAGCCAAACUUGCAGUGAAGUCUGACUGCGGUCAGAUGUGUUGCUUGCUCCGGUUUCACUGUUAAGAUGGUGAUCGGCUCAUCUUCGAGGUACCUGUGGUUGGUGAUACUCAAUUAUGCGUCGAGGUCCACGUCUUAUUUGAACUGACCACUUUGAAACGUUUGAAAGGUCGAUACAAAUGUGAUCUACAGCCUUGUGCGUAACUUGACCUACUGUAUAUCACCUACAGUACUUGUUAUAAAGCAGGACAAGGUAUUACUGAUGGUUAGUGCCAUAAGGUAAAUAUUUAUAUCUUAUUGUGUACAAAUAAAUUAACAGCCUCUUGUACAAUUGCCCCAUAAAUAGAAAAGUUAUUUUUAAAAAAGUAUUUAUUUGUUGGAUAGUCAUUUUAAGAUGUAUUAAACCAUUUUAAGAUGUAGAAGCAAGGGAGAUUUUGCAGAGUGCUGUGUAACUGAUUUGUAAAUAAUUUUGUUCUUUUGUGGAUAAGUGAAAUGUUGCCAUCUGUUGGAGAAAAUGCCACAAUAACUUCAUUAAAGGAGUAAUUAAUAGCUCAAAGUGGCAUUUUCUAUGAUUUACAAAAUGUGGUUUACACCUCCUAAUUUUUAUUUUUUUUUAAUCUUUAUUAUAAACAAUGGCACCGGAAAAGAGAGCAAGAUGUUUUCAUGGAGUUUAAUCAUUGUUUUUAUUGUGCUUGGUAAAUUUGUCACAUUUCCCUUAGUGUGUUUCUCCCCCGUAUUUGGAUUGCUCUCCUGAUAGAGCUUAUUUUCUGUUGUCUGAAAUCUGACCUCCUCUCUGCAGACAUUACUGGAUCCUCUUUCCUGUUGGAAACUGUUAUCUCCGACGUGCAGUAGCAUGUUGUAAUAUUUCCCUUAACCUUUCACAUGUAAAGACAUUUAUUCCAUUAAAAAUAUUUUGGGCAUUUUAAA